AUUAUUUUUUUUAAUAAAAAGAUAAAGAAAAAUUUUGAUCUGCAAAAGAAAUUUACAUGUAACUCAAAAAUUAAAAGGUUGGAAGGACUUUCACUUUUGGGAAGACGAUAAAUACUGGUGUCUAGCCCUACAAUUUGGAAUAAUCAAUCACUCCUUUGUUUGGUGAAUUGUGUUCAUCUUUAAGAAAAUGGCAAGUUUAAUAAGGUUUUCCCAAAUCCUCUGCCUUUCCUUCAUGUUGUUACGGUUUCGAGUCCAAAGCUCCUCACCUUCUCAAUCUUCUCCCAAUUCAUCACCACAUUUGUGCCGUCCUGAAGAGCGUUCUGCAUUGCUUGAUUUCAAAAGCACUACGGAUAUAAUUGAUUUCUCUUUAUGUACUCCUAUAAUACAAUCUUGGAACGAGAGUAAAGACUGCUGCUCGUGGGAAGGCAUCGCAUGCGACAAGCGGAAUGGUCACGUGAUUGGCCUUGAUCUUAGCAGUAAUUGUCUUGAAGCCAAUCUAACUACAAAUAGUAGUCUCUUCCGCCUUGAGAAAUUGCAGAGUCUCAACCUUUCUCACAAUUAUUUUCUUUACCCUAACAUCUCAUUUGGGUUCAACCGUUGGAAGAGUUUGAAAUAUCUUAAUCUUUCAGAUUCAGGAGACAUGUCUGGCUCUCUCCUGUUUGAUGAGAUCUUCUUGCUACCGAAAUUGGUUUCACUCGAUCUCUCUGGUACUUAUGAUUUGCUUCUUGACAACAUAAAAUUUCAAAUGCUUGUGCAUAACUUAAUAGAAUUAAGGUUUCUUAUCCUUGAUUCUGUGAAUAUGUCUCUGGUUGUGCCUUCUUCCUUGCUAAACUUGACUUCUUCCUUGGAGCAUUUGAGCGUUAGGGAUUGUAAUUUGCAAGGAAACUUUCCAAACCAAGUGUUUCAGCUUCCAUCUCUCCAGGUUCUUGAUUUAAGCUACAACUCUCAUUUAGGAGGUAAUUUGCCCGAGUCAAACCUGAGUAGUACCUUUGAGUAUUUGAAUCUUGCAGACACAAACUUCUCAGGGGAGUUACUUCAUUCAAUUGGAAAUCUUAAAGUCCUAAAGGAAUUAGACCUCAAUCACUGCCAAUUUUAUGGAUCAAUUCCUAGAUCUCUUGCAAAUCUUACAGAGAUAACUCAACUAGAUUUUUCUUCCAACCAUUUGCGAGGGCAAAUACCAGAUGUUUUUGGAAAAAUGCACAAGCUAACUUAUUUGAGCUUAGAUGCAAACAAUUUUGGUGGUGAAAUUCCUGCAUCAAUCUUCAACCUCACAAAUCUUACUUUUUUGUUACUAUCAUCAAAUAAGCUAUUAGGUCGUGUACCAUCUUGGUUGUUUUCUCUGCCUUCUUUGUCCUGUUUAGAACUCCAAAACAAUUGCCUUACUGGACCUAUUGAUCAUGUUGAGAUGCCCAAUCUCUUUUUACAACAAGUCUAUUUGUCCAAUAAUGAGAUAAGUGGUUCAAUGCCUAGCUCCUUCUUUGAUCUUGUAAAUCUUACUAGAGUCGACCUUUCUUCAAAUAACUUAACUGGCACCAUUACACCUGACAUGCUUUCGAAGCUUGUAGGCCUUGAGGAUCUUGAUCUUUCCAAUAAUAGUUUGCUGUCUUUGAGCAAUAAUGGCACUGCUGUCAACUAUUCCUUUCCAAACCUCAAGUCUUUACAAUUCUCUUCUUGCAACAUACACAAGUUCCCAAGUUUCUUAAGGAAGGCAGAGAGUUUGCAAAUAUUAGAUAUUUCCAAGAACAACAUUUCUGGUCAAAUUCACAAAUGGGAAAUAGAAGGGAUGUCAUUGGAUACAUUAAACCUUUCUUCUAACUUCUUGACUGGUAUAGAUUCAUUUGGUUUUGGAAAUCUUGUAACUAUUGACCUCAGAUCCAACUUAAUACAAGGAUCGCUUCCCAUUCUAUCAACAACUUGGGAUUCUAUGCAACAACUUCUCAUUUCAGGGAAUAAUUUGACUGGCGAAAUCCCUUCUUCUUAUUGUAAUUUUACUUCUCUUAGAGUUCUAGUCUUAGCUAAUAAUGGUUUGGGAGGAAAAAUUCCAGAAUGUCUUGGAAACUUGAGUGAUCUCCACAUCUUAGAUCUGCAGAUGAAUAAUUUCCACGGUAGGAUUCCAAAUUUAUUUGUCAACAUCAGUUCCUUGUUAACUCUCAGCCUAAAUGGCAACCAGUUGGAAGGGACACUGCCACAGUCUUUGGUUAAUUGCAGUAAGUUGGAAAUUCUAGAUGUUGGGAACAACAACUUGAAUGAUACCUUUCCACAUUGGUUAGGUGUUCUUCCAUUGCUAAAAGUUCUCAUCCUUCGAUCUAAUCGAUUUCAUGGUGCCAUCAGCAAUUCUAUGCCUGCAUUUUACUUCCCUCAAUUAAGAAUCAUUGAUGUCGCACAGAAUGAUUUUAUGGGUCUCCUACCGAGUAACUAUUUCAAAAUUUUGAAAGGUAUGAGAGAUGUAGCUCCAGUUGAUAAAGUCAAAUUGGAAUACAUUGGUAACUAUGUGCAAUGUUUCAGAAAUGGAGUUUGCCAAACUUUUGAUGUUAUUUAUAAGGAUUCUGUGAAGGUAGUAAUGAAAGGGUCAGAGAGGGAGCUUGUAAGGAUCUUGAAAAUUUUCACAACUAUAGAUUUCUCAAGCAAUCACUUUCAUGGACCAAUUCCUGAUGAGCUAGGAGAACUCAAUUCACUUUUAUUGCUAAACUUAUCUCACAAUAGUCUCAAUGGUCAAAUUUCGUCAUCAUUGGGGAAAUUAGCAGAACUCGAGUCAUUAGAUCUCUCCUCAAACAAGCUUGAAGGCAGGAUUCCAGAGCAAUUGACAAAGCUGACAUUCCUAUCAGUUUUGAAUCUUUCACACAAUGAACUUGUGGGCUACAUACCUGAAGGGAAGCAGUUCAAUACUUUCUCAAAUGACUCCUACGUUGGGAACUCCGGGUUGUGUGGAUUCCCAUUGACAAAUAAAUGCGCAGAACCAAGACCACCUUCAUCACAAUUUGAUGAAGAAGAUGACUCUACAGCAGUCUUUGAGUGGAAGUUUGCAUUGGCAGGCUAUGGGUGUGGACUGGUGUUGGGACUUAGUCUGGGAUACAUUGCCUUCACUACAGGAAAACCAUGGCGGGUAGUGAAGAAAGUGGAGAAAUAUCAACAGAAAUUAGUUGGAAGGUGCAACAAAAGUCAUAAGCAGAGAAAAGUCCAAAAACCCAACCAACGCUCUUAAGUGCAAGCAGGUGCAGUUGAUUUCUUACUCCGGAAGAUUUGGCAACAGUUCCUUCUUGAGUUUGUUUCCAUUUUUUUCAUGUUCAUUGUUGAUAGGUAGUUGUAUUGACUUGUGUGGGAAUUAUGGUUAUGUACGAAUUUGUGUUGAUUUCUUUUGGAUCUGAUCUAUCUGCUCUGCAUGCAGUUCUCGUGUAUUUUGUUACUGUAAUUUGAUCCUUAUGUGAUUUUUGCCGAUCAAUCUCUUCAUAUCAUAUUUUAUCCUCUUCUUUUGGUUUGGUUGCCUUUGAACAUGUGAUCUUCAUGGAUCAUUUCUUGUUUCUGGACAAAAGCUAAGAUAAAGAAAGCCGCAUCAAUCAAAUAAUCCAUCCCUCUGGGUCCGGUGUUGUAGAGUAUACGUCAGAGUUCAGUGAUGGUUAUAAGGAACACAUUCUCAGUUUUGGGACUGGACAUCCAAGAGGAAAGGCUCAGAUGAUUUGGAAAAUUCUUAUUGGAGAUUGCCAUAUCAGUUAUGGAUGUUAAAAUGCAUGGGUUGUAUGCUGAUGCUGUAAUCACUGGCAUAAUCACUGCUCCAUUAGCAGAACUCCAGGCAUCCUAAACUUCUGUUGAACAAAGAGAGGCAUCUUAAAAUGUAAAUGUCUUUACAUUUUGUCAUUAUUUCAGUAUUAUCUUCGUGAAAUCUUCAUGAAACAUUUCUUAUUUCUGAGAUCAGCUGCUAAGAUAAACAAAGUCUAAAAAACAUAGUCCAAGCAUUUAAAAGAAUUGUUUCUGUGGUUCAUUUUUAGUUAUGCUGCUUUUUCUUUUUCCAUUGAAUAAUAGAAACUUUGUGAAGUUAUUCUCGUAUUUGAAUUCAGCUGCUUUCACUCUUGGACAGUCAAGUCAAACUUACUGCUGUGCAGUCAAUAUAGGAGAUGUUGUUGUGAUCUUAGCUUUUCAUUGUGUUUUGCAAUAAUAUAAUUUGCAGCUUAUU